GAUAUUUCCUUUAGGAGCCAACAUUCUUCUAUUAGACAUUGUAUUAUUAUUAUUGAAACUGAAAUGAGCAAUAUAUGAAGAGUGCAGAGGGAGAGGGCAAGUUUUGUCAUAGAUCCCUAGGUACUGAUCUGAGAUGACUAUUUAAGCUUGUUACAGCAUUAGAGCCAUGGCAACAAGGAUCUAUCAGCUGUUAAUAAUUAUACCAUUUCUCUCUUUCCUUGUAACUGUGACUGCCAAUUAACUUGCUAAGAGGAAUGAUCAAAGCACAUAAGAGAAGACAAUGCAACACGUGUAAAAUACCUCCUCUACAUAAAAGCAAAGCUGUGUUUUUUUGAGUUUAUUAGCAAGAGAAAGGAAAGCUUCUGGUAGAAAAAAAAAAGAGACACUAGUGUCCACUAUGAGUUACUGAAAACUGGAAAGAAUAACUGAGCUGCAAAACAUCUGGAAGUGCCAGAAACAUAACCGGAAAUAUUCUGAAAUGCCUCAGAGUAUUUAGUGUCUUAACUGAGCAAAUAAUAUUUAGAAAUACUCUUAAAACUAAGUGUGUCAGGGUUCUAAUCUCUGUACAUCAAUGGGGUCCGGAGCAUCAGCACACGGCCAGAGGACAAUAUACCUGGAUGUUGAUGGAAAAAUUCAAAAGGUUGUUUUCAGUCAGCAAAGCAGUUCUGCUGAGAUUAAGGAUCUCCUCUGUGCGUCAGCUGGCUUGCCAUGGCAGGCAGCUAUAGUUCUUUUGGAUAAAAAGGGCACUGUUAUUGCUACUGACUCUACUAUUCCUAAAAAUUCAAAAAGUUCUGCAUAUCGCAUCAUUUCCCAGUCUCUUUCACCAAGACCAGAGAAAGAAGACUUCUUUCAGAAUGUUCUAUCUCAAGUUACUGAAGAAUUUUCAAGAGCUUUCAGAGUCACUGAAAUGAAGCGAGAAGUUAUGGAAAGGUUGGCUAUACUGGAAAGGAGGAUGGAAGUUGAAGGUCUGAAAGCUAUUGAUAUUGACAAAUGCAAGAAUGAAUUAAGGAAUCUUCGAGAUGAAAUGGAAAAGAAGACAAACAGACUGAGCUGCCCAUGCAGAUUUUAUUACUCGGAGGAUGUGAAAAAAUGUAACCCACGAAGAGAUGUGCCAACCUAUCCAAAGUACACAUUAUCCUCAGAGACGGUAGAAGCUCUUAAAAAACCUACGUUUGAUGUUUGGCACUGGGAAUAUAAUGAGAUGCUAAGCUGUCUAGAAUUUAUGUAUCAUGACCUUGGGCUUGUUCAAGAAUUUAACAUGAACCCUAUUACUUUAAAACGUUGGUUGUUGUGCAUUCAGGAGAAUUAUCGGACCAACCCCUUCCACAAUUUCCGUCAUUGCUUCUGUGUGACACAGAUGAUGUAUGGCAUGAUCCAUCUCUGCAAUUUGCAGGAAAAAAUGUCCCUGGUUGAGUUAGGGGUCCUGAUGACUUCUGCUAUUUGUCAUGAUCUAGAUCAUCCUGGCUAUAACAACACGUAUCAAAUCAAUGCGCACACAGAGCUUGCAAUCAGAUACAAUGACAUGUCGCCUUUGGAAAAUCACCACUGUGCUGUGGCCUUCCAGAUUCUCGCUCAGCCAGAAAACAACAUUUUCGCUAAUAUCACGCCAGAACUCUUCAAACAGAUCAGACAGUCAAUAAUUCGCCUGAUUUUAGCAACAGACAUGGCGCGUCACGGGGAGAUUCUAGAAUCCUUUAAGAAAGUCCUUCCAAGCUUUGACUUUAGUAAUGAAGAUCAUGUAAAAACUCUGCAGAUGGUGCUGAUAAAAUGCUGUGAUAUCUCCAAUGAAGUUCGUCCCACCAAAGUUGCAGAGCCUUGGGUUGACUGUUUAUUGGAGGAGUAUUUCAUGCAGAGUGAUCGUGAAAAAUCAGAAGGACUUCCAGUCACACCCUUUAUGGACCGUGAUAAAGUCACUAAACCCAAAGCACAAAUUGGAUUUAUUAAAUUUGUCCUGAUACCAAUGUUUGAAUCAGUAAUGAAGCUCUUUCCUCAUACAGAAGACAUUAUGGUUUUACCUUUACGAGAAGCAAGGGAUCAUUAUGAGGAGCUCAUGGAAAUUGAGGAAGCAAUGGCUGAAGUACAACAAAAAAAGUCUACAUCGCUGUCUAGCAGAGGCAAACUGCAGUGAGCGACUAAGCAGUUAAAGGCCUAUCUGACUUUCCUUCUGCAAAGGUUAUACAUCAUACCAGAGCAAGAACUACUAUCUGACUACCCUACAGAUGUAUUGGAUGUUAUCAGGAUUUUGAUGGUGUUAUUAGCUUUAUAGUUUUUGAUGGUGUUAUUAGCUUCACAGCAAUAUGUCUGUAUUAAAUGUUAGGCGUCUAGGCUUUGUAUUUACAGUAUUCUGAAAAUUGUUCUGUGAGUCUUGUGUUUAUAGAAUUACAUUAGUACCCAUAUUAUAUUUUACUAUUAAAACACACGUUUUAUUAUAUUAUUAUAUUGUAAAUUAGCUUACCUGUACAUGUAAUAGAAGCUUUACU